CUAGCUAGCCUGGGGCUUUCCAUCCCGCUCGGCCCCGUAUGAGGGUGUGAGCGGCCGCGGCGGCUUCCCCGCCCCCGGGGCAAGGCCCCAGACCACUCAAGGGGUUACAGAGCGCAGGACCUGCACAGUUUAAAAAGAAGCGGCCAUCUGAAUGGAUAUCUUCAUUCCUUUUACAUCAGAUGUGAAAAGACUAGAGUGUCUGAAGAUAUUUGAACCUUUCAUGGGCAGAAGAUGUUAAAAUCUAUAGGAAAUAAUCACAGUAAUGGAUCUCUGUCAGAAAUGUGAGACUGAUUUAGAAAAUACUGAAAAUAAUGAAAUUCAAAACACAGAAGAAACCGAGCUCACCUAUACUUGUCCAGAUGAAAGAAGUGAAAAGAAUCAUGUUUGUUGUCUUCUUAAUAUCAGUGACAUCACGCUCGAACAAGAUGAAAGAACCAACGAAUUUGUUAUUGGAACUGGAUGGGAAGAAGCAGUCCGAGGCUGGGGAAGGACUUCUCCAAUGGCUUGCAUCUGGCCAAGGAAGAAACUCAAAAAGGCGAGGGUGGGAGAAAGUGCCAGCAGCUGCUUACUCUGCGUCAGCCUCUCCCAAGGAAGCCCCGAGGCCAGGCCUCAGACGGAGCCUGGGAAAUUGGAGGUGGAGGCCGGGGCUCUGGCUGUGGUGGCCCCUGGGAAGGAUCGCAGCAGCCCCUCGCAGCCUCGGGGCCCCCCCCAGGGCCCCAAGACAGCCUCCAGGGAGAGCAGCAAAAUCUGCCUUCCCUCCAGUCACAGGGAGAAAAAAAGCCUGCAAAUAAGGGAGUUUAUUUGGUGCGCAGAAGACUGGGCGACUCCUGAGAAAGGCAAGGACCCCAGAAGUCAUGAGCGUCUGUCUGGAGGCGGCAACAACAGAGGUUUCCCCAUCUCUGACCCACUGACUUCCAAGGCCCUCUUAGUGCUGCCUCCCCUGAAGGCUUCGCCCCCCAACGGCUCAGAUGCUCUGGGUAAGAAGAGUAAGAACUUUUUCUUGCAGCCCGAAGAGAAGGUGCUGAGUGUGGAGAAGGAUGAGUGUGUGGCUUGUACAUUUGGAUGGAGAACAGUUGACGGGAGAGGUGAAAAGAGACCCACUGAGCUGGCCAAGCACCUUAAGUUCAACGAGACGCCUCCUUUCCCUGCCCACGUGGCCCGGACGCCCCUGCUGGCCCCUCCCGAGUGGUGCUGCCCGCACUGGUCCUUCCUGCCUGAGAAGAACCUGCUGUGCCCUCCCAACCCCAACAGCGUGCGCCACCUCGCCACCCUGCGGCUUUUGCAGAAACAGGGAGUGCAAGACUACAAAGCCACAUUCAAAGCCAAGGAGCCGAGACCUCCCUUGAACAUCCCAAAGCGCCUUUUCAUGGAGGCCAAGCAGGAAAACAGGCCCCAAAUGCUGGAGACCAAAGUGUUCCCAAGACCUCUCUUGCCAUCCCUCACACGCAGGAAAAAGAAGAUAAAGUAGGAGAGGGAUCACUUUCAAUUCAGUCCUAAGCAGCAACAAGUUUGAGAUGCAAUCAUAAAACCAAAUAUUUCACCCGGGACAUGGAAAAAGCUGUGGAUCAGCAGAAAGCAAAGAGUAGAAAGCUGCAAGCAGAAGCAGUAAGAAGAUGGUGAGCUUGGAACAAGGCCUUGUUUACACACACCAUGCUAAUCAGCUCACUCACUCUUUUAGGCCAAAAACAAAAAGUAUUUGUCCAUGUUGAGAUAAACAUAGGUACGUUUGAGAGUAACAAAGUCAUCAAGGAGAAAAUUUAUUUCAAAAAAGUUUUUCUCAUUUUCAGAAAUAUUUGACUAUAUUUCAAUGAUAAAGGAAAAGUUAUUGUUAUUUUGUUUUGUUUUGCAGCCUUAUGUCCUGUAAUAUUAACUUGCUUCAGCGUAUAAAACACCAGAAGUUAAUGGGCGGUCAGAGGUAGUAAGUUUCUCAUAGGCCAAGCUUCACUAUUUUAUAAUUUGUGGAUUUGGAACAAAGUUACAGAAGUGUUUAAUUUUGUCAUUUUUUAGUUAGACAAUAUAAAACUUGUAUUUAGUUUUGUCUGGUUUGUUGAAAGAGCUGAAUAUUGAUAUUUUUCCAGUUCAUUUAUAGACAGUGCUGCUUUUAUUCAUUCAUGUGUUUUGGACAUUUGCUCUUUUCAAGCAGGCACAUUUUUAAAUGUGGUGCCCACAUUUGUUAAUGUCUGAGAAGAGACAACCUGGGAAUCAUCCCCACUUGUUCUUUAGCCUGCCUCUCUUGAUAUGCAAACUAAUGUAUCAGUGUGUCUGCUAAUAAAUACAUUUUGAACAACGGAAAGUCCUUUGACAUUAAUGCAAAACAGUGGGUAUCUAUUCAUCUUCUUGGCCUUACGAACAUUUACUAGCCAACAUCUUUCUGAAGAAACUAGAUUAAAAUUCAUGUCAUUUAACUAUGAGAGCCUUUUGGAUGUUGGGAGUAUGUAAGCGCGCCAGGGGUAUAUGUAGCCAAGUUAACAUGCUGUCCUCUCUUAGAAUGUCAAAUCUAAUCAGUGGUGCUUUAAAACACUUCCAGGUGAAAACACAUACAGAUAAUUUUGAGAUAGAAGGAAAAUAAAACUAUAAGGCUUGAUUCUUUAUCCCUAAAU